UUCUUGAUUUAUUUUGCUGUCUGGAACCAUCAAUGGGAUAGCGUAAAUAUUUAUUACACCGAUUCCUUUAAAUAUUAAGUUGCCAAAACAAAAAACAAAUAUUUAUUACACUGAUUCCUUUGGUCAACGCUCGCGAUCUCCCUGUUGGUUCUUUUUCUCUCCGUACCUUGCUCCUCUGUUUUUUCCCAACUAAUUCCAAGCCAAAACCGUUCGGAUUUUUCUUGACCAUGUUGAACAACAAUUGUAGUAGCAGUUUAUUGUUCAGAGGACCCGGUUUAGCCUUUUCCCACUCCAUUGCCACCACUUGCAACAAGAGGAACACAUGCUGGAAGGCUCCACAAGCAGCUGUAAGAAAUGAUUUUUGCCUCCCAAUGAGCAGCUCCGCGGUAAAAAAUAGGACAUCAAUUGGGGACAUAAGGAGUCUGCGACUGAUAACCGCGGUUAAAACUCCAUACCUACCCAACGGCAAAUUUGAUCUUGAAGCAUAUGAUAACUUGGUGAAUAUGCAGAUCGCGAAUGGCGUUGAAGGCAUUCUUGUUGCUGGCACAACUGGUGAAGGCCAACUAAUGACCUGGGAUGAACAAAUAAUGCUCAUUGCACACACAGUUAACAGUUUUGGCAACAAAGUUAAGGUUGUCGGUAAUGCUGGAAGCAAUUGCACAUCAGAAGCAAUCAAGGCCACUGAGAGAGGUUUUGCUGUUGGAAUGAAUGCUGCACUUCACAUAAACCCUUACUAUGGAAAAACCUCAUUGGAUGGUUUGGUUGCUCACUACAAUAGUGUUCUUUCCAUUGGUCCAAUCAUCAUAUACAACAUACCAACAAGGACUAAUCAAGAUAUUCCUCCUAGUGUGGUUCAAAAUUUGGCUCAAAAUCCUAACUUGGUUGGUUUAAAGGAGUGUGUGGGAAAUGAGAGGAUCAAACACUACACAGAUCAAGGAAUUGUUGUGUGGACAGGAAUUGACAAAACAAGCCAUGAUGCUAGAUGGGAUUUUGGUGCUGUUGGAGUUCAAUCCGUUGCCAGCAACUUGAUUCCCGGUUUAAUGAGAGAACUCAUGUUUGAGGGCAAGAAUGCUACACUGAAUUCAAAGGUGAUUCCUCUGUUUGAUUGGCUCUCUCAGGAACCUGUUCCUAUUGCUUUGAACACUGCUCUUGCUCAACUUGGUGUCAUCAAACCGGUUUUCAGGCUACCCCUUUUGCCCUUGCUUGUGGAGAAAAGGAUAGAGUUUGUCAUGUUGGUGAAGGAAAUUGGUAGAGAGCAUUUUGUUGGAGACAAAGAUGUGCAAGUUCUUGAUGAUGAUGACUUUAUCACAGUUGGUAGAUAUUAAUCUAGAUUUUAUCUUCUUCAAGUCUUAUUUCAAGUUACACUUUCUGUUGUUGGCUUUUGUUUUCAUUUUAAGGCUUGUUAAAGUUCAAAUACCAGAUCAUGGGCCAUAGCCAGUUCAAGUAAAAGUAAAGCAGGAUUUGAAUUCUCUUCAUGUCUCAAUUAUAUGGUGGCAAUUACUUGUUUCAAAA